AUGUUGAAAAAAAUUUUGAUUUUGUUAAUUUUUUGUGGGCUUCAUUUGUGCCAAGAUGGCGAUGAACCGACCAAACUAUACCGUCUCUUCACGAAAACUCACUACAUGUUGUCUCGACAGUUGGACGACUUUGACGGAUUCAUGAAGAUAAAGAAUGACGACCAAUUCCAGCCGGCCACGGAUAAGUUCUUACACAUGUACGGAAACUUCAGGCACGGAAGUCGCUAUCCCAGCCACUCGGAUCCUGGUAACGCUCAAAAAGCUUUGGAUAAAUUGGCAGGGAAGAUUCCCAAUGAAUUAUACGAAAAGUUGAAUACCGUCCUACAAAAUAUGAGGAGCGUUCCGUCGUGCAUGCUGUCGCCAUCAGGUCGCGAGGAACAUCGAAUGAUCGGUGACGAAUAUGGACAAAUAUUUGCGCAUCUCUACCAGACAAUCGGUAGUGAUCGUAAGCCUAAGCCCAAAGAUCUUAAAGAAGAAGAUUUUGUGUUUGGACACACAGACUUUGAAAGAGCCAUCACAAGCAUGAGAGGAUUCAUGGAUGGAUUUCUUCCCAAAGCCCAAUCCGUUGGAGUAAAUUAUACUGGCCAACCAAAAAAUGUCAAUCGAUUUCUGAGAUUCUACACCGUUUGCCAGUUAUACAUCACAACAGUUGCAAAGAAUAACCAAACAAAAGUGGAAAAGAACAAGUUCAUGAAGGCGAAACUGCCGGUAAUAUUGAAGACUGUGAGGGAGAACUUCAAUGCUCCAAAUCUAGACUGGACAGAUGGGGAUGUGCAUGCAUGGGGCUCAAUAUCAGGCAUGGAACUGGCCAUCAACAGAACGGCAACUUGGGUUAAGUACUUGGACUCGCCAGAUAACCAUGUUCUCGAACUCAUGGAAUAUGCAACAGAUUUAUCUGCGUACUGGUGGAAGGGUCCUGGCAACAAGAUCAACUACCAGAUGGCCUGUGAGGUCAUUGUGGAGAUGAUUCGUUUGUUUGAUAGCAUACUGGCUGGAAAAUCACAAGAACUCGGGAGAUUUUAUUUCAGCCACGCGGAGACGUUGAUCCCCCUGUUGAACAUCCUCGGACUCUUCAGGGGCGACCCUCCCCUAAAGCACGACCAAUUUGAACAAAACAAAAACAGAGAAUUCAAAACGACCAGAAUGUCUCCGUUUGCGACUAAUUUCGUCAUCGUUCUUUUCUAUCGAGGCCAGAAGAUGAGUCUUGAGACGGCCUUCGUGCAACUUUACUUCAAAGGGAAGCCCUACUAUUUCCCGUACUGCGGAAAGAAAAGUAUUUGCAAAUAUUCGAUUUUGAGGGGGUUUCUGGAAGAGUAUCUCACGGACUGCAAAGUCGAUGUGGAUACAGAGGACUGUAAAUACAUGCCAGCGAAAGGCUUCUCCUCUGAAAUUCGCAAGUUGAAGAUUCGAGACUUAAUUUGUACUCUUGUCAUCGCUCGCUUCGCGCUAUCGGAAGUUAUGUCCUAA